AUGAAGACGCUGGCGGACAAGUUCGGGUUUGUGACUGGAUUUUCGGACCACACCAAAGGGGUGGUCUGUCCUUUAGCCGCGGCCGUGAUGGGUGCCUCGAUCAUUGAGAAGCACGUCACGCUCGACCGGUCGAUGAAGGGCACGGACCAUAUCAAAGUGAAAAAUCCCCCCUCCCCAUAUCAAAUGGGAAAUCUGUGAUGCAGGAUUUGUGUACACAAAUCAGCUUUGUCUUGCAGUAGAGGACUGCACGCAGAUACGAAGCCUGAGCUGGGCCUUUUUCGUGUAGGCGCCUAGCAAGAGAGGCUUAUCCUCUGCACGCCAUACAGCAUCACAAAUAGCCCGCAAAACGCGGCGGAGUCUCUGGAAGCUUUGCCUUCUUGCAAUACAGAGACGACUUGUGUCCGCAAAUCAGCAGCGCAAAUUUUCAGAAGUGUCUUUUUUCAGUAUGGGGAGGGGAGCUUUUCUCUUACGAUAGACCAGCCGGGCUCCCUGGAGGAGAAAGACUUGCUGGAAAUGGUGCAAAACAUUCGCAUGGCGGAGAAAGCAGUCGGGGACGGAAUCAAGUGUGUAAAUCCGGCCACAGCCGCGGCAAUGCACAAGCUGGCACGCAGCGUGUACUACAGUGAAAAAUGCCGCCACCUCCAAAGUUGCAAGAAUUUGUGAUGCGAAGUUUUCAAAUGAAAACUUUUUGUCAUGCAUGAAAGGAGUAUGGAUCUUUCUGAUGCAGAGUCUAGGCGUAAGUAUAUCGCAUCGCUUGCAUGACAAGCGCCACUCUUGCUGGGAUCUUUUGCAAUACAAAUUUUCGCCAUUCACGAUUGGGAAUCUGUAAUGAUGCUGAUAGAUGCAAGAGGGCGAAUGUUUCCGUUGGAAAGGUUUGCAAUACAAAUGCCUCCAAGUUCGGGGGCGGGGUUUUUUUCAUUGUGAUAGCGUGACCUCGAAGCGGGAGAUCCAGAAGGGCGAGGUGAUCCAGGAAAGCAUGCUCUGCUUGAAAAGCCCGGUAUGCAUUGCAAAUGUGUCUGGGUCUGGAAGGAUUCGAAUUUGUGAUGCGCAUCCAUUCUACAUCAUGACAAACUCUGUCAUGCAUGGCCAGCAAAAGGCCGCGCCAUUUCUUGUUUACAAAAAGGGGAUUUGUCAUGCGGAUUAGGUAUUGGGAUAGGGAUACCUGCUCCAUUAUAUCUGUGAUCGUGAUGCUAGGGCUUGCAUGCCAGACGAUCUGGGUCAAGCAAAAACUGCAUGACAACUUCCAGACCCAGACAUAAUUGCAUUUCAUACCCGGGGGACGGGUACAAGUGGGUGGAUCGGGUAAGAUUCGUCGGAAAGGUUGCCGCGCAGCUGAUCCCGAGUGACGCUACCCUGCGCGACAACAUGAUUCUCGCGGAGCCGGAAGGGAAGAGUGGAAAGUACUGUGAGGAAAAAUCCCCCCUUCCCAUAUCGAAAUGGAAAUCUGUGAUGCGGAAAGUGUGUACACAAAUCGGCUUUGUCUUGCAGUAGAGGACUGCAGGCAGAUACAGAGCCUGAGUGGGGGCGUUUUGGUGUAGGGGCCUAGCAAGGCAGGCGCAUCCUCUGUAGGCCAUACAGCACUACAAAUUGCCUGCAUAACGCAGCGGGGUUUUUGGAUUUGCCUUGUUGCAACACAGAGACGAUUUGUGGCCACAAAUCAGCAUCACAAAUUUUCAGAAGUGUCCCGCGUUGGUAUGAAGAGGGAGGAUCUUUCCUCACAAUAGAAAGAAAGGGGACGGAGAACCGCAGGGAGCGACCGACUCCGUCUCUGUCGGCGCGUGACCGUAUGCAUUGCAAAUAUGUCUGGGUGCAACUUGUAAUGCGUAUCUUGCAUUCCUGGAAAAUCUGUGUUGCAUGAGCAGCAAGUGAGCAGCUUUCCUUGUUAUGCAAUAAGGCUUUUUGUCAUGCGCGUCACGCAGCAGAGAGCGUUCCGAAAGGUUGUCAUGCCCGGCUGCCAUUGCAAGCGUUGCAGUCAUGCGCAAUUCAGCAUCACAGGUUUCCAGACAUCCAGGGAUAUUUGCAUUUGAUUUGUCUCUGUCGGCGCGUGAGACGUGGUAGGUGAGAGCAGGUAGUUUUCACAUCAGCUGCAGCGAGCUGGUCGAUGUGCGGAACAUCUUUGAGCAUUAAGUAGGUAGCACUCCUUCUGCACUACUACUUCUUGUUACGAUCUUGAUAUAACUUUUGUAACCACGACAACCACAACUACAACAUUGCAAGAGUUUUAUUUUUCGCGUAGAACUAUUUUAUAAUUUUUUUUUGAUUUUUUCAUUAUGUAGACCUACCCUCACAGAAUAGACGCGAAUGGUAAUUCUGUGCCAUUUGACAGGGUCGACCCAGCUGUGGUCGUCAUUUCUUCACUCACUUAGCAGGAUAUUUUUACGGAAGUCAUUACAAUUUUUACUGCUGCAUUGCUUUUUUCGUAAAAUGGGGAAUUUUUGUUGAAGUAGACUUUUUCGAUACUAAUCUACGAAUAUUUCUAGAAGUACUGCUAUUUCUAGUACUAAGCUGAUUUUUAAGUAUGCAAAACAAAGCGGCAAACAGAUGCACCAUGUUGCCAACAACAGCUUCACUAGCCACAACACCUCACAGAUGUUUGUUCCUCUGUAACAAGCAGAAAUAGAAAUAUUCCUAACCCGGGAUUCAGAAAGCACUUUAGCCAUUGAAUUCUACAAGACCUAGAGCGGUUGACAGUAAUUUGACAGGACAAUGAUCUAUGUCAUUCAAAUUGGCUGUAAUCUUCGAUAGCUACAAUGGGAGUGUAGUUUUAUUUAUGUUGUACUGUUUGUGAAACAACAAAAACACGAUUUUUACGAUUAGACAAGAGGAAAAUAAAUCGCAGAAGGACGAGGAAAAAUCGAGCAGAACCCUCGGACGGCGAGAUCCAUUGCGACGAGCAGGUCUGCUGCUGCUGCUUCGCAGUAAGUAUCUAGCACGGGCGGUCGCUCGGCGACCGCCGGAGAGGUAUGGAGUAGACAAGGAAACGAUGGGCCCGAUUUGUUUCCUAGUAGGAAGGUUCGUUGCA